AUGGAAAUGCAGAGUAAAAUCACGGCGAGAGGAGAUGGAGACCGACUCAGUGAUUUGCCUGACGCAAUUCUAAUUCACAUUCUCUCUAUGUUGUGGAACAAUAAAGAAAUCGUGAGGAGCAGCGUAUUAUCUAAGCGAUGGAGGUUUCUUUGGAAGUCCGUCCCAAUAUCACUCCAUUUCGACCUCUUCUUUGGUUACAGCGAAAUAGGAAUCCGUGAUUUUGUGGGUUCCGUCAAUAGAGAGCUUCAUUAUUGGAGGUCUUGCGAGAAAAUUCAAAAGUUCAGGGUUAGUCUCUAUACGUACAAGAAGAGUUAUAUUAAAGAUAUCGAUUUAUGGGUACAUUUUGCAACUAAAGUUGCUAAUGUUGAAGAUUUCACACUUGAAAUUCGCUUUGGUGGUGACUUAUAUGAGUUUCCUCAGUUUGCAUACAAGAACACAUCGCCGAGGAAUUUGGAUUUAAGAGGCUGCUGUCGUAGACGAUUGAAUUUUAUUUGA